CGUCAUGCAUACGUGAUUUCCGCUUAGCUCAUAAAAGAUCACUACUUCUUUAUGGUCCUUCGUUAUAGCGGACUCUACUUUCUUUUAAACUGAAUUAUUUUGAAGAACAUAGAUUAUUAGAGUCAUUUGUAGAAUGAACAGAGAUCAGCGGAAGUGGCGAUGGGUUGUGCUUAUCGCUUGCUUUUUCUCCACGAUGGCCAAUUCAACCGUUUUCUUUGCAUUUGGAACUUUCGUUUUACCCUGGAAAGAUGAAUUCUCUGCAUCUGGAGCUGCCAUUGCGACCGUGACCAGUUGUGGGGCUGCACUUUCUUCCAUUGGAUGUCCACUAGGAAGUUUCUUUGUGGAAAAAAGUGGAUAUAGAUGGACUCAUGUUAUCGGAGGAGUAAUGAUGAUGAUUUCAUUUAUUUGCUCAGCACACGUAACUACCCUGCUUCAGAUGUUUUUCGCUUACAGUAUCUUGGGAGGUUUUGGGUCAUCGUUGUGCCAUGUUUCAUAUGUAAACGCUGUGAGUGAACACUUUACCGAUCACCAAGGUCUUGCUUUCGCAAUUGUCACUAGCGGAUACGGUGUUGGCGGGUUAAUUUUCCCCCUUUUGUUUGAAGUACUAAUUGUUAAAUACACAUGGAGAGGUGCUAUGAUAGUAGUGGCUGGGAUUUUUGGAAAUUUAUUAGUUUGCGGUCUUUUGCUGUAUCCGGCAUCUGCUACUCCUCCGUUUCCAAAGUCAUAUUUUUUUGACAAAAAAGAUAAAAUUUCGGAUGCAAGUAAUACUUCCAUCGAGUAUUCAACUGCGUGCAAAGAAGAAUCGAGUUGUUCUGAGAUGCCGAAUGCAAAUCCAUCAAUAGAAGUGGAAUCAAAUACUCACAACAUAAUACAAGAACAUGUAUCACAUCCUACAAAUGCUGAAUCUCAACAAGAUGAACAAAUAAAAGAAAGUAUGUGUGAAGAAACGGGCGAUAAUGACAAUGCAAAACUAUCAAAUAAUGUUGCCUAUUUUGACAAAAAUGUAGAACAUAUUCAUUCUGAUACCACUGAGAUUUCAACUUUGGUUAACAUUGUAGCAGAAAAAUAUGAAGCAGAUUUUUCAACAAAGAUGUCAUUUCUACAAAUUUCUAAAACGUUGCUAAGUUUGUGGAGUUUCUAUAUUAUGGUUCUCCACAACGUAACUUUAUACAUGGGCUACUACCUAGUACUUGGAUUGACUCCACUGAGAGCAUCAUAUGAUCUGGAUAUGUCGAUAGAACAAGCAUCCCAAUUGGUCGCAGCAUUUGGAAUAAAUUCACUUUCUCGAAUAUUCAUUGGUAUUAUUGCGGAAAUGAAACUUAUCAAAUGUUCUGUGGUGUACCUGUCGUGUUUUGCAACAGCCGGUGCAUUGGCAUUAUUUUCGCUUCUUGCCAAAACCUUUACUCUUCAACUAAUCUACUGCUUGCUUAGUGCAUCUUUGUUUGCAUCGCUUUCACAUUACCAUCUACUUGUGUAUGAAGUAUACGAUCGACAACUUUUCAACACAGCAUUUGGAUAUCUCGAAUUUAUGCAUGGAGUUGGAAUUGCAUCUGGGCCUAUCAUCGGCGGCCUGCUUUUUGAUAUGAGUGGAUCAUGUGUAUAUUCAUUCGCAUUUGCAGGAAUUUCAAUUUUAUUUGCAGUUAGUAUACUUCCUAUUGGUCUCGGUAUAACAGGUCAAAUAAAGAAACUGAACUUUUAAAGUUUA